UACGAUUUAGCCCUCCGGUCCGGACCCCGGGACCGAGCCGUCCCCGCCAUGGCAGCCCGGUUGCUGCUGCUGCUGCUGCUGCUCUGCGGCCGGUCGUCGGCAGGAUUUCCCAAUCAGAUAAAUAUCGGGGGGCUGUUCAUGCGGUCCACGGUGCAGGAGCACAGCGCGUUCCGGUUCGCGGUCCAGCUCUACAACACCAACCAGAACUCCACGGAGAAGCCGUUCCACCUCAACUACAACGUGGACAACCUGGAGUCCUCCAACAGCUUCUCCGUCACGCAUGCGUUCUGCUCUCAGUUCUCCCGAGGAGUCUACGCCAUCUUCGGCUUCUACGACAAGAAGUCGAUGAACACGCUGACGUCGUUCUGCGGCGCGCUGCACACGUCCUUCGUGACGCCGAGCUUCCCCACGGACAACGAGGUGCAGUUCGUGAUCCAGAUGCGUCCCGCGCUGCGCGGCGCCGUCCUCAGCCUGCUGGCGCACUACAAGUGGCAGAAGUUCGUCUACCUGUACGACACCGACCGAGGCUUCUCCGUCCUGCAGGCCAUCAUGGAGGCAGCGGUCGCUAACAACUGGCAGGUGACCGCCCGCUCGGUCAGCGGCACGACCGACGCGGCCGAGUUCAAGCGCAUCAUCGAGGAGAUGGACCGGAGGCAGGAGAAGCGCUUCGUGAUCGACUGCGAGGUGAACCGGAUCAACACCAUCCUGGAACAGGUCGUGACCUUGGGGAGGAACAGCCGUGGGUACCACUACAUCCUGGCCAACCUGGGCUUCACCAACGUGAGCUUGGACAAAGUCUUCGCGGGCGGCGCCAACAUCUCGGUCUUCCAGGUGGUGAACCCGGAGAACCCCGUGGUGACGCAGUUCAUGCAGCGCUGGGAGCGCCUGGACGAGCGAGAGUUCCCAGAAGCCCGGAACACUCCGCUGAAGUACACGUCGGCUCUGACCCACGAUGCCAUCCUGGUGAUCGCCGAGGCGUUCCGGUACCUGCGGCGCCAGCGCGUCGACUGCUUUCAUUACGGAGAGGAGGGCACACUGCGAGGUCUGCUCGAGCGCGGCGACCGGCGCCAGCUGGUCCGGGCGGCGGGUCCGUCCGGAGCAGCGUCGCGCCACACCAGCGUGGGCGCCCGCUUGCGGCGGCUGCCGCUACUGCGGCAGCAGGAUUGCAACAUGGCGUCUCUGAGGAGGCCGCCGAUUCCAGCGGAGUGUCUCUCUGUCUCUCUCUCUCUGUCUCUCUGUCUCUCUCUGUCUGUCUGUCUCUCUGUCUGUCUGCCUGUCUGUCCCUCGUGGCAGGUCCGAGUCCAGGGGAUGACCGGUAACAUCCAAUUUGAUAACUACGGCCGGCGGGUCAACUUCACCAUCGACGUGUACGAGAUGAAAACCGGCGGGCCCCGCAAGAUGGGCUUCUGGAACGAGUUUGUGCGCCUGGUGAACACGGCCGAGCCGCCGGCGGCCAACGAGUCGUCGGUGGAGAACAGAACCAUUGUGGUCACUACUAUCAUGGAAGCUCCUUAUGUGAUGUACAAGAAAAAUUAUAUGCAUCUGGAUGGGAAUGACAGAUAUGAAGGCUACUGCGUCGAUUUAGCAUCUGAGAUUGCCAAACAUGUUGGAAUUAAGUACAAACUGUCUAUAGUAAUGGAUGGGAAGUACGGAGCCCGAGACCCCGAGACCAAGAUGUGGAACGGGAUGGUGGGUGAACUGGUCUAUGGGAGGGCCGACAUCGCCGUGGCCCCCCUCACCAUCACGCUGGUGCGGGAGGAGAUGAUCGACUUCUCCAAGCCCUUCAUGUCUCUGGGCAUCAGCAUCAUGAUCAAGAAGCCCCAGAAGUCGAAGCCCGGCGUGUUCUCCUUCCUCGACCCGCUGGCCUACGAGAUCUGGAUGUGCAUCGUGUUCGCCUACAUCGGGGUCAGCGUGGUGCUGUUCCUGGUGAGCCGCUUCAGCCCCUAUGAGUGGAACCUGGACGAGCAGGACGAGGCCAAAGACCCCCAGGGGCCCCCGGAACCCCCCAACGACUUCGGCAUCUUCAACUCGCUCUGGUUCUCACUGGGGGCCUUCAUGCAGCAGGGCUGUGACAUCUCCCCCAGGUCUCUGUCGGGCCGCAUUGUGGGAGGAGUCUGGUGGUUCUUCACCCUCAUCAUCAUCUCCUCCUACACGGCCAACCUGGCGGCCUUCCUCACCGUGGAGAGGAUGGUGUCGCCCAUCGAGAGCGCCGAGGACCUGGCCAAGCAGACGGAGAUCGCCUACGGGACGCUGGACUCAGGCUCCACCAAGGAGUUCUUCAGGAGAUCCAAGAUCGCGGUCUACGAGAAGAUGUGGUCCUACAUGAAGUCCGCCGAGCCCUCCGUGUUCGUGAAGACCACCCCCGACGGCGUGGCCCGCGUCCGCAAGUCAAAGGGGAAGUUUGCCUUCCUGCUGGAGUCCACCAUGAACGAGUACAUCGAGCAGCGGAAGCCCUGCGACACCAUGAAAGUGGGCGGGAACCUGGACUCCAAGGGCUACGGCGUGGCCACGCCCAAAGGAUCCGCAUUAGGAAAUGCUGUAAACCUGGCCGUUUUAAAACUGAAUGAGCAAGGCCUCUUGGACAAAUUGAAAAACAAAUGGUGGUACGACAAGGGAGAGUGCGGCAGCGGGGGAGGUGACUCCAAGGACAAGACGAGCGCCCUCAGCCUCAGCAAUGUGGCUGGGGUCUUCUAUAUUCUGGUUGGAGGGCUGGGGCUGGCCAUGAUGGUGGCGCUGAUAGAGUUCUGUUAUAAGUCACGGCAAGAAACCAAACGCCUCAAAUUGGCCAAGAAUGCCCAGAACUUUAAGCCGGCUCCCCCGACCAGCACCCAGAACUUUGCCACGUACAGAGAAGGAUACAACGUGUACGGAACCGAGAGCGUGAAGAUCUAGAGCACCAGGAGGAGGAGCUCCUCCCCCUCUGCAGCGACGACACGACGGCCUCCUUCAGUGCCUUAGGACUCCUCCUGAUGACG